GCUAAUAGUACUACUAUUAUUAGUAGUAAUGAUAAUAAUAUUCAUAUUGAUAAUAAUGAUUAUUACACUAUUAGUAUGCUAUUAUUUGUUUAACUUCUCUUUAACAAAAUAGUUUUAGAAAUUCCAUAAGAUAUUGUGUAAGUAAUUCAUCAUUAGAUGCUACAUAAUAUCAGUGUGAAGUCAGACUGGAAAGGGUUAAUCUUUGUGGUCUAGAUAUACAAAGCUAGGGCAAAUUGAAGAUGAUAUUCUUGUAGAGGACAAAAAGUUGCAGUCAUCGGUACAAAAAGGGUCAAGUCACAAAUAAAGGAAAAAGAUUGCAGAAAACACUGCUCACAGACUAAGUCCACUGAGUGGUCUUGAGUUUCACCUGUAUCUUGCUGUGCUUACUCAGGUGAAGGCAGUGUUUCCCGGGGGGUGUUGAGGGGUAGAGCCCCCCAUCAACCUUCCCCUUGUGGGUGAUUUUUUAAUUGAUUUUGUGACAUCGAGUUGGGGACUUUGUCUCUGGUGAGUGUAUUUGUACUGUAAUGAAUUACCCUGGAAAGUAAGGCACUUUUUGCCAAGUAAAAUGGAUAUAUUAGGGUGAAUUACAAAAAAAUCUAGUCAUAAAGAACAAUAUUAGGUAUAAGGAAUAAAGUACAGAAAGUAAAGGCAGAGCCACAGUUGCUUAUUAAAAUGUGAUUGCAAUGCUAAUGGUCUCUACUGUGUACCCCAGUAAUGGCAGACCAAUUUCCAUCAUGUAUCUUCUGAUAAGUUAGAGAUUUUGGGCCUUCCUAUCAAAUAAGGAAGCACUCCCAGCUCUAUGUUGCCUAUUAUAUAUAGGAAAGGUUUGCCUCCCUUUGCCAAAAUGCAAGGUAUAGAAGCCACAAUGGUCUUUCAUUUGGACCUAUGCUGAAUAAUUACCAGAUAUACAUAAUUUUCAUUUUGACAUGCAUUACAAUAACAUACAUUUAUGUAAUAUCCUGCUUUUCUUGUCCUGUGCCUCAGUAUGGGCAGCUUGAAGAAGGGUGAUCUUAGAAUCUCUUGUAAGUUUGUUAUAUGCCAAAAAGAAAUCAUAGUUUCACAGUUUGCUUCUUCCUUCCUCCUGUGGCCAGUUUGCAGAAUAUGACGUAUUGAUUAGUUAUUUGUUAUGCAAGAGAAAAAAUUGGUAUGCUGGUAUGCACCAGUUUUUGUAGGAAAAUAUCUGUGGUAUUAGUAUUGAAAGCUGUACAUAUAUUCUAGUCACUAAAGUUUUGGUAUUCAUGAUCAUCAAAUUGUAUUUUCUUUACCGCUAAAUAUGUCUUGGUCACUGUAACUUGUAAAUUAACUAAUAAUAACGCUAUAUUUCAAUACUACUAUCUUCAUAAUGAAAACUAAUAAAAAAGAGAAAAGCUUGGGAUAACAAUAUCAUUUUAAGUUUAAUCUUAGGCUGUAACACAUGACUUAGUGCAGUUUAAAACUAUAUUCUAGGAUAUGGCAAAUGCCUAAUACUAUCUAAUUUUAUGUAAAAAGAAUACCAAAUUUUGAUUGGUCUUUGGGUAAUGCACAGCAAGCAAUGAUGCAUUAUUCCUCUGAUUGGGCUCAAGAUUUACAUUAAUUGUAGUUUAUAUAGAUUGCCAAUUUGUUUCUUUAUAAUUCUUUUCUGGCAGUGAUAUAAACACACACAACCUCCAACUGUUUGCCAUGUCUUUAUACAUUCAGCUCACUUGCAAUUGUGCAACAUCCUGUACAACUGCAUUACAGGACAAAGGCCAUCCUGGAUACCAAUGAGUCCGGAGACAGUAUACGUUUGAAUAGUCUGUACUCUCUGGCUGUUCAUGUGCCCUGUGAUUUCCCUUCCUUUUAGAACUUACUGAAAUUGGGAUUGAUAUAGUCUGAUUGCGAGCACACGAGGUUGUGAGCCAGUCGGCAGGUACAGUAUCUUAGGACGAAACACCUCCACGCAGCCAACAUGACAGAACACUUCUUGGACGUGGAGCAUACUGCUGGUCCAUCAUCCCACAGACUGUUGAUGCCUCACUCAUCAAUAGCUGGAAGUGUCUCGGGCCUGUCGGUCACCUCUCGGACGUCGAGGGUCUCUCAUGCCACGACAAUCCGUUCCGUGGCAACACUAACUGAUACUCUGAAGACAAAGACCGGCUUGUCCAUCCCCAUUCUGCCCGAUGCCAUCUUCACCAACGUACAGCGUGGUUCCGUCCUAGCGGCAACUUAUUCUAUUAUUCAAGGGCUAUUUGCAAUUGUUACCGGAUGCUUUGAUAUCUAUUCCUUGUCACUUGCUGCCCCAGGUUCCAGCCAUUAUGGAUUCUACUUGUUUUCUUACGAUUUUGUAUAUUCUGGAAAUCCCCAUGUCCGCAAUUCCCUGAUGUUGUUUGGUGGCAUCACAGCCUUUGGAGGAGUCUGCCUUAUUGUUACCAGUGUUGCACUUCUACAAGGCUUGAGAAAGGAGAUUGAGUUCCGCAUGGAGCCCUGGAUUUGGUGUAUGGCCCUCUUCACUGCCUGGCGUAUUCUGAUCACCAUUUAUUCAUCAAUCGUCAAUGACAUGGUGUUUGCCUACCACGUAGUGAUGUGUCUGCUCUGGCUUCUGUUCAUCGGAGGCAACACAUUUGCAUGGUUGGUUGUUCACUCCUUCUACCAUGAGCUGUGUGAGGUUACAAGGCUUGAAGAUGUUGCCAGGGUGAAGAUGGACACAAUGAGCACGAUGGGCUUCAGUUCCCGUCCCACCACUCCUGGCGCACGUUCCACCAUUUCCACGCAGUUAGACUAUAGAGUGUAGAGUGUAGAGUUUAGGCUAAGGAGAAAAUGUGAAUUGAUGUGUAAAUGAUGCAGAAAGCUGUACUUAUCGCUUAGAUUGAGGAAGAGAAAUUACCCAGGGGAAACUUUUAUUUUAUUUAUUCAAUAAUGAUGUAAAAAAAAUCAUGCUAUGAGUACUCAUUGUAAAAAAAAAUCAUGCUAUGAGUACUCAUUGCAGAUCAAAAUUUGCAGAUUUUUGCUAAGUAAUAGUUCAGCAAAUUAGAUUAUAUUGCAAGAUAUUUUUUAAUGAGCACAUUCCAUGUUUUCUUUGCAAUAGGUAGAUUAAAGAAAUGUAUAUAAAAAAAAAAUAGUAGUAUUCAUGUUAUUUUCAUUAUUACAUUUUCAGUAAUCAAUAUUAUACCUGGUUAAGUGAUUCUGUGAGAUCCACCUGAAGAUUUAUUAUUAUUAUUAUUAUUAUUUUUUUUUUCUCAUGCUGGUUCAAAAGUAAGUCCUUUUAUGGAACAUAUGAUCUGCACAAGUUUGUCGUCAUUAUUAUUAUAUAUUUUAAUUUUAUUUUUUACUUAUUAUUUUUAUUGUUUUCUAAAAACUUAAUUUAUUUUUUCAUCCUAUAUAAAUAUUGUCAACAAAAGUUAUAAUCUUCAUGAACUUUCAGAUGGAGACAAUGAGCUCAUUUACUGCCUCACGACCCACCACACCAGGGGCAAGGUCUGAAGUGUCAUCCAAGAUGGUUGCAUAAAUUCCAUGAUACAUGAGCAGUUGAGGUUUUAGUGCUUUAUAAUUGUUUCAAAGUUACACUGGGAUAUGAUGCAUUUCAUGGUUAUACCAUAUGUAGAAGGCUAAGGGAUAAUAUUAUUUGAUCUUGUAGGAUUGUGAUGCAGACGUAUUCAGUGAUUUAGAUUUGAUUAAAAUCUAAAUGAUUCUUCUGUAGUACUAGCUAUUUUACUUACAUGUUCUUGUGGAUUUGUAUUUGUAAAGUAACUGACUGUGCAUGGGCCUGCACAAAAUACAUAAGGGAAUCAUGAAGCCAGGUAAUUUAUACCUUGUUCAGUUGCAAUACGCGUGUCUUUUAACCUUUUUGAUAUAUAUGUAUAUAUAUAUUUUUUUUAUAUAUAUAAAAGUUCUGAAUUUUUUGUAUAUGCCAAAGUGAACAUGUAACAGCUAGUGAUCCAAACCCAAUAUAAUUAUGUAAGCAGUUGCAUUCAUAACUUUCUUAAGGUUUACCAAAGAUAAAACUUCAUGGUUAUUAUUAUUUGGAAUCUCAUAUAUGUAGUUAAAAGAAAUUACAAGUAUAUAAAUACAUGAUGAAGGUUUACCUCUAUUGCUGACUACUAUGGUUUUCCUUGCUGUGUAUAUCAGCUGCCAGAUUAGUGCUCUCAACAUACUGUUACUGAUGUGUGUAUAGAUGAAAAUUAUAUGAAGUCUACAAAUGUAAACAUGGAUAUUUAAGGCUGUUAAAGGAGACAUUAUCACUUUUUAAUUUUUUUUCUUUUUUUCUUUACUUUAUUGGUGUUACAGGUACUUACACACAGGUAUACCUACAGAACAUGUGAUUGGAAAUGCCUGGUUCCUUGAAAAUUCUUUUUUAUGAUGUGUGUGUGUACUGCAUUUACAAAUUUCAUUAUCUAAAUCAGCAUUGUAGAUUCAGAUAAACAUUAUGAAUUAACCUCAGUUGCAAUUUGCUAGAAAAAAAAAAAGUUUAUUAUUUUUUUUUUUUUAUAUAAGGUCUCCAGUAAGUGCAAAUGAGCAGUGCAUGCACUGUACACAGCUCAGUUAACUGCUUUACCCAGAAAAGACACAGCCUUGGCUAUGGCUGCAAUAAGCACGGAUGGCUGUAAUGGAUGAGCUAACCCCCUAUUACAGGACUUUAUAGAGUUAGUAGCAUCAGCAACAGUGGUAACUUUCUUGUGGCCUGAGGUGGGUGUGAAUGAAGACUGUCUCUGUAGAAGGUCCAUGUGUUACCACUGAGAUGGUCAUUACUUUGUUUAAAGUAUUUUAUUCAGUACUCUUCUUUGUUAUAGUUAAAUAGUUUGUACCAUAAAUGUUUUUUUUUUAAGUGUAACAGUGUAGCAUUUACCUCAUAUUGGUAAAAAUCACAAAUGAAAUGUGUAUUUUUGGUAUCAAAAGGUUGGUAUUUUUCAUAUAUUUGCUAACAUACCUUUUAUACAUAGGAAUAUGAACAGUACAUAUUAACUGCAAAAGUAAGUUUACAUCUCGUAAUUAAUUGCUGUAACUUCCAGUAAGCAACAGUUCCACCUAAUUAUGAAUUUUAGUGUUUUUAAUUUCAUUCUCUAUGAAGCAGAAAAUAGUAGACAAUUUGUUUUUUGAGUUAGCUAAAUUUAUUACGACUGUAUCUGGACUGUACUUCAUUUUUAAGUGUGGUCAUGAAUACUUUUGCAUAAAAAGGUUGAAUUGAAAAUUACUUGGAACUAUUAAGGAAUUUACUUAUUUGAUAAUAUAUAGAUAUGGUCAAGCAUUUAUAUUUGUAAGAGAAAACAAACUUAUGAUCUGUACCUCUUGAAAACUGAUCCGUCCAAUUGAUCAAUGGAAUAAACAAAACACUGAAAUAUAUUUUUGUAUAUAUGUGUAAUAAAUAUUUGGAAAGAGUUA